AUGUCAGACGUCAUAACCACGAGGAGAUGUGCAUGUGUUUCCCGUACUGCAGGUGGGGGCCCCGGAGGUUACUCAGAGACUUUAGUCAGAUUGCAACCAAGUUUCCUCAGAGCUUUGCUUUCUGAAAGACAAAAUAAAAAAUCUCUUCUCCCUUUCAAAAAAGUCAGAUCAACAAAAAAUAAAGCCAGGAAAUCAAGCAUCAUGAGCUCAGAUACAGAUGUAAACAAAAGUGCCUCCCUGACUGCGGAGGAACAGCCGACGGAAACUGAUGGCCCCCUUCCUGGCCCAGUCAAUGACCAAGAAAAGAAAGUAAGAUUAUCUCCUGCCACAAUGUCAACCAAGAAUUCUACAGAUCUAGUUCAGUAUGUCGACAAGAGUCAUUCUUUUCUUCCUGUGAUUCCAAACACCCAGAGAAGUCAGCUAGAAGACAGACUGAACAACCAGGAGCGCACCAUUGCUUUCCUCCUUGAACAAGCCUUCCGCAUCAAGGAGGACAUCUCUGCUUGUCUUCAGGGGACCCACGGCUUUCGAAAAGAGGAGUUGCUUGCCAGGAAGCUACUGGAAAACCACAUUCAGACCAUCACCAGCAUCGUCAAAAAACUCAGCCAAAAUAUUGAGGUUUUGGAAGAUCAAAUAAGAGCUCGAGACCAGGUGGCCACAGGAACUAAUUUUGCAGUACAGGAGCUAAACGCCAAACACCUUCAAGGAGUUGGAGAUCUUCGAGGAAGAGUAGCCAGAUGUGACUCCAGCAUUGUGAAGCUUUCUGGAGACAUUCACUUCAUCAGGCACGAGCACCGGAAAACUGAAAAAACAAUUCAAGAUUUUAUGUCUGCCUUAGAAACUGUUUCUAAGAACUUGGACGUGAAGGUAAUGCAGCUCUUAGGAAAGAUUGAGGCUUCCAGUUCUGAGCAAAUCUCAAAUUUAAAGAUGGUCCAGGGAGAUUAUCGUCAUGAAAUGAACCUUUUGGAGUUCAAAUUUAAUUCACUUUCAAAAAAUUUUUAUGAGGAAGUUGAGAACUAUCAAAAAUGGACAGAAAGCCGGUUCAUCACCUAUGAAAAAGAGCACCUUGGCCAUAUAAAUCAAUGUCUAAAGCUCCUACAGGAGAAACUGGAAAAGUCUGAAAAUAAAAUGGAAGAAAAAUUACUGAAGCUUUCGAGCAAAUUAGAGAAUUUCAUUAACACAGAGAAACAGGAAGCAGAACUAAGCAAAGUAAAGCAUAUAGAAAAUAAACUGUCCAAAAAGAUGAACCAACUGGAAAAGCACAUCUGGGGUGAAUUAGAGAAAAUGCAGAGUGAAUAUCAAUCAGGAUUUAAAUCGAUUCACGACUCUCUCAGCUCCCUCCAACAAAUACAGAAAACAAAGAUGGAUUUACAGAAAUAUAAAGUACAGAAAGACCUGAAGAAAUUACAGCGUAAGAUAGUGGAACUCCAGGAGGUAUAA